AUGCGCAGUCAAUUGUCCACCAUCAUCGCGGCGCCCGUCUCCCCUCCCAUCCUGAUCGGCUUCCAUUCCAACAAUGCCCUUUACCGCACUCUCAUCGUGUCCAUCUGGGAGCUCGGCGAGAUCGUGGCUCCUCUGAUCUGGGGGCCUCUCUCCGAGCUCUACGGACGACGCUGGGUGCUCAGCAUCGCCAACGCUCUCUUCAUCGCCUUCCAUGCCGGCACCGCCCUGAGCACCAACAUCCAGAUGCUCAUCGCCUUUCGGUUCCUGAGCGGAGCAGCCACGGCCUCCUUGCCCAUUGGCCCGGGGAUCGUGAGGGAUCUGUUCGCGGAAGAGCGCCGCGGUCGCGCCAUGUCCGUCAUGUCUCUGACGAGCACGUUAGGGGCCGUGGCGGGUCCCAUCGUGGGAUCUUAUCUGGCCGAGAGGGAGGGAUGGAGGUGGGCGUUUUGGCUGCCGACCGUCGUGGCCGGCGCCCUCGCGCUGCUGCUGUUGGCGGUCUAUCGUGAAACGUAUCAGGUUACCAUCCUGAAGCGAAAGGCGCAACAGCGCCGUCGUGAAACGGGGAACUUGGAUCUACGAUCGAAGUAUGAAACAGGAGAGACCGACGCUAACUCUACUACCGGCGCGGUCACCAAGCUCUUCCAUGCCUUCAUCCGGCCAUUGCGCCUGCUCGUGCGGUCCCCCAUGCUGAUCCUGAUUACGGUCUACAUCAGCGUGGUUUACGGAUACACCUACCUCAUGAUGACCACGAUCGCGCCCGUCUUCCAGGAGAUCUACGGCUUCUCGACGGGCGCGUCGGGGCUCUGUUUCCUGGGCCUCUGCCUGGGACUCGCCCUGGGCGCGUUCAUCUGCAGCUUCGUGCUCGACCGGUACAUCCGCAUGGCGAAAGCCAAAGCCAGCGCGCAGGCACAGGCACAGACCGGAUCGGAAGGCCCGUCAUCUGCUCCGUCCCCGAUCACCCCCGAGCACCGUCUGCCGCCGGUCCUCGUCUCCUGCGUCUUCAUGUCCACGGGCUUCUUCCUCUUCGGCUGGACGGUGCACGCCCACGUCCACUUCAUCGUGCCCAUCAUCGGCACCGCCGUCAUCGGUCUCGGCCUCGUGGCCACCACCAUCACCCUGCAGACUUACAUCGUCGACGUGUUCGGCAUCUACGCGGUCAGCGCCACCAGCGCGAUGCUGGUGCCGCGCAACGCCAGCGCCGCGUUCUUGCCGCUGGCCGGACCGCCGCUUUUCCAACGACUGGGGUAUCAUUGGGGCGGGACGCUGUUAGGGCUGGUGGUGCUGGCGUUUGCCGUGAUGCCGGUGGGGUUCAUGAGAUGGGGAGCGAGAUUGAGAGGCAAGGAUCGAACCGAUGGUUCGGAGGGUUGA